UCUUCUAACCUAUUUCUGCUCUCUAUCUCCCAGACACAAAUUCUAAGGUCUACAAUUCGGUAGUUUGUCAUCGAAACAUGAACGAGAUCAAAAUAUGCAGUCAAAGUGGUUUGGUCUGAUUGUCGUCUUUCUUUCAUUGCUAUCAGUGAAUUUAAGCUCCGUUCAGAUAAGUUGGGACAGGAUCAAAGAUCUGAUUGUCUCUCACUUUCACCUUAUGCCAGCCAGCAAUACGCUCCACCACCUCAUUAAUCCCUCAAUUUCAGAGAUGCCGACGAUUCAACAUUACAAGAAAGUCAUAUUAUUUGGAGAUUCGCAAUUCGAGCGUUCGUGGCGUCCGGAUCUCGACUUCGCCUUUGCUGCAGCACUCGCAAACUACUAUACAAGACGAGCAGAUGUUCUCAAUCGCGGACUAUCUGGUUACAGCACAAAAUGGUUACGUCCACAGUUUGAACGUAUAAUCCAAGAAUUGAGUUAUGGGCCUCCAGAUAACGCACUGUUAUUUGUCAUCUGGCUGGGUACGAAUGAUUGCUGCAUCGAAGGAACUCCCCACCGUGUUCCCAUUGAAGAAUUUCAGAGCAGUUUACGUGAAUACGUUUCAGAAAUCAGGACCAAAUUUCCUGCUGCGGGCAUCAUACUCAUCACCCCAGCACCUGUUAGUAUCUCAAAGAUGCGGCAAUCGACAAUGAGAUCAAAGGGUGCAGAUAGAACACAACUUGCUCACAAACAGUAUGCCGAAGCCGUAAUGAACUGCCAAUUCGCUGAUGAUGGAGGUAUGAUUAAGCGGGCGAAUUUGUUUGACGCAGUCAUGAACGCUGCAGGAUAUGCCAAUACAGAUACAAACUCUGUUCUGGUAGGGCCUCCAGCGACGGAUGAGGAACAGAAUAUAGGGAGGUUUACUAUUGAUGGUCUUCAUUUGAAUGGCGACGGCUACAAGAUUCUAUACUCAUUGGUAACCAAGAUCACAAGUCAAUGGGAAGGAUUCGACCCACUCAAAUUGGAAGGAGUGGAGCCUGGAUGGCAGGUACCAGCAGCUUUACAGAGCUAGUGUACUUCGGUCGAAUGAUAACCGGCUCGUUCAUAGAUUAUACAUAUAUACAAAAUCAAAACU